GCUUCCAAGGCCAAGUAGGUUGUGUGAGCCGGAGGCGGAGGCCGCGGCUCCUCAGCUUGGGGGAAGAUGGCGCCGCCGGUGACAGAACGGGGGCUGAAGAGCGUCGUGUGGCAGAAGAUAAAGUCAGCUGUGUUUGAUGACUGCAAGAAAGAAGGAGAAUGGAAGAUAAUGCUUUUAGAUGAAUUUACCACUAAGCUUUUGGCAUCAUGUUGCAAAAUGACAGAUCUUCUAGAAGAGGGAAUAACUGUUGUGGAGAAUAUUUAUAAGAAUCGAGAACCUGUCAGACAGAUGAAAGCUCUUUAUUUUAUCUCUCCAACGCCAAAAUCUGUAGAUUGCUUCUUACAUGAUUUUGCAAGUAAAUCAGAGAACAAAUAUAAGGCAGCAUAUAUAUACUUCACGGACUUUUGUCCUGAUAGUCUCUUUAACAAAAUUAAAGCAUCUUGCUCGAAGUCAAUAAGAAGAUGUAAAGAAAUAAAUAUUUCUUUCAUUCCACAUGAAUCUCAGGUAUAUACUCUUGAUGUACCCGAUGCAUUCUAUUACUGUUAUAGUCCAGACUCUGCUAAUGCCAAUGGAAAAGAUGCCAUUAUGGAAGCAAUGGCUGAGCAUAUUGUUACCGUAUGUGCCACUUUGGAUGAAAAUCCUGGAGUAAGAUAUAAAAGUAAACCUCUAGAUAAUGCCUGUAAACUUGCACAACUGGUUGAAAAAAAACUUGAAGACUAUUACAAAAUUGAUGAAAAGAGCCUAAUAAAGGGUAAAACUCAUUCCCAGCUCUUAAUCAUUGAUCGUGGCUUUGAUCCUGUGUCCACUGUCCUGCAUGAACUGACCUUUCAGGCAAUGGCAUAUGAUCUACUACCAAUUGAGAAUGAUACAUACAAAUAUAAAACUGAUGGAAAAGAAAAGGAGGCAAUCCUUGAAGAAGAAGAUGACCUCUGGGUCAGAAUUCGACAUCGGCAUAUUGCAGUUGUGUUAGAGGAAAUUCCGAAGCUUAUGAAGGAAAUUUCAUCAACAAAGAAAGCAACAGAAGGAAAGACCUAUCUCAAAAAUUUAAUCUUACCAUUUGCACAAAAAAUAAUUAAAAUGCUAGAAAUAAUCCAUUCUUCUGUUUUCCAGCAAGUUGUCCACCUUAACUUAGCAGAAGAUUGCAUGAACAAGUUCAAGCUUAAUAUUGAAAAGCUCUGCAAAACUGAACAGGACCUGGCGCUUGGAACUGAUGCAGAAGGACAGAAGGUGAAAGAUGCUAUGCGAGUACUCCUUCCAGUUCUCCUCAGCAAAGAUCAUGAUAAUUGUGAUAAAAUAAGAGCGAUCCUACUUUAUAUCUUCAGCAUUAAUGGAACUACAGAAGAAAAUUUGGACAGACUGAUCCAGAAUGUAAAGAUAGAAAGUGAUAGUGACAUGAUUCGUAACUGGAGUUAUCUUGGUGUUCCCAUUGUUCCCCAGGAUGCCAUUGAUAAUAGAUUAGAUUCAAAAGAAUGGCCAUAUUGUUCCCAGUGUCCAGCAGUAUGGAAUGGUUCUGGAGCUGUAAGUGCUCGCCAGAAACCCAGAACUAAUUAUUUAGAACUAGACCGGAAAAAUGGGUCAAAACUGAUUGUUUUUGUAAUUGGAGGAAUUACAUACUCUGAAAUGCGUUGUGCUUAUGAAGUUUCUCAGGCACAUAAAUCCUGUGAAGUUAUUAUUGGUUCAACACAUAUUUUAACACCCAAAAGGCUGUUGGAUGACAUAAAGAUGUUGAAUAAACCCAAGGAUAAAGUCUCCUUUAUUAAGGAUGAGUAGCUUUUUUUUCUAGUUUAGAGGUGUUUAUUAAUAUGCUCGACUAAAAUAGAAUAAGAAAUAUUGCUAUCAUGUAAUUUAAACAAUGUAAAUAUUUUAUGAAAUAAUAGCUUUUCAAGUAUAUUUCUUAAGACUGUUUAUGUAUCAUUGGAUUUACCAUUUCUAAUAAUUUAAAAUAUUGUUGCUGCUUUAUAGAUGAUAAGAAGAAAUAUUAAAAUGCUUUCUAAAACAAUUUCUAAAGGAUUUCUCCUUUAAAGCAGAAUGUAUUAGAGUUAUGGGUAACUUUUCACAGCUACCCCUAUGCACACUAAUUAUCCUUUAGAUACUUAGUCAUCUCAUGUCAAAGUAAAUAAUUUUUUAAAGAACAAUAUUAAAUGAAUAGGUUAUGAAAGUAAAAAUUGUAAAUAUGUAUGAUAGAAUUAUUCCUAUAAGUAGUUUUUUCUUUUAACUCAAAUCCACAAUUUCUUUUAUGUGUAAAGUAAUUCCAGUUAGUAAUAGGAUGAUUUCACAAUGUAUACUACUUUACUAGAUACUCCUAAAGAACACAGUUUUAUAAUUAUGUAUAUUUAAAUUACAAAACAAAAUCGUGAACAUUCUAAGAGAAAAUAAAUACAUAGAAAAUU